AUGGCCUACCAAGGCAUCGGCGGAGGCAGUGGCCUCAGGUCUCCGCGCGAAGACUCGUCCUUCUUUUCCUUGAAUCGCGCCGCUCAGAAUGGCGACGGCCGCGCGACCCUGCAUCGCCGCUUCACCACCAACAACAUCCCGACUCUGAGCACGCCAUUGUCACCAAUCGGCCAGCAACGCAGACAGGCGGCAGAGCCGACCGAAUUUACAACUGCGACCUAUCAUAAGCUCCAAGUGCUCGAGAGGAAAAGGAUCGAACACGAGUACCUCAAAGAAGCCAAACGGCGGUUUGACGCUGAAAUGGAGCUGCUUAAUCUCCAAGCCCAGCACGGCGAAGCUGAUACCAAUCGCUUCUCCAACGACGCCCAGUACGGCGGGCCGGCCCAUAGCCAGCCAACAACGCCGCCAGAGUACAGCGAAAGCAAAGGCUUUCCUUCUGCGCUGUCGCGUCCAAACCGCUUUAGCAUGUCUAGCAUCACACCAGGUUCUCGACGCAACUCUGAGGAGGACCACGACGACUUUGAAAAUGACGAUUUCACCCCGCUGAGCCCAGCGGCUCGCAAGAACAAUCGCAUGUCUAUGCCUGUGACUAGAACGGAUUACGGCAGUCGUCCAGACCUUCCAGACCUUUCCUCUGUAUUGGGUCACAUUGACACUGCUGGCUUUCUGUUCGGACAAGAUGACAGGCCUAGUGCUUCCCAAGAUCGCAACAGCUUUCUUCAGAUGGGCAACACCAAGGACGACUUUCCUGUCUUGGUUCGCCGCGACGGCGCAGGUAAUGCUCCUCAAGUUGACGAAUAUGACUCUGUUCGAUCCAACGGCAACGGCAACGUUGACACCACGCCUAAGAAAAAUUUGACCAACAACCGUCGCUCCGUUGAGUUCAGUUUCGCCAGCCCGACCAAUGCUAUGCCGAAGCUAACUCAGUCCUACUCGACCAACGAUGUUCCGACCUUGAAGAACAACGCUGGCAUGAAUGGGGCAAAUGGUAUCGGUUUCACGUCUCAUGCCCAGCAGCACUUUCACAACCACAAUGCUAGCCUUGGCCGUAUUCCGCAGAACGCGAUUUCGAACCGCAACAGUCGUGACUUGUCCAUGGCCAACCGCGAAUCUGAAUACCAGCCUAGUAUCCACGCAAGUACCGCCCCGUUCGGCUCUUCUGUUACUUCAGCUGCUCCCAAUAGUGGGGCUUCAGCAAACGUUGGUCCGCCAGCAAUGUCGCAGUACUCGGGUGUUGCAGCCGCAAACCCUGGCUAUUAUGGCUAUGGAGUAUCGAUGCUCAACGGCGCGAUGAACAACCUUAACCUUGGUCCCGCAUCGGGACCUGGGCCCCAGUAUGGCGGACCCUCUGCGUACACCCCCAACGGCAUGUAUGGCAGUGGCCCGCAGUACAAUCCUUAUGCUACGUAUGGGCCAGGAGGCCGCGUUCAAGACAGCCAGGCUCGCGUCAUCCAGAGCCGUCGUCUGCAAAAUGAUGCGAACAAGUAUAUGAACUACGAUUUGAAGACUAUGCCGCGUCAGGAAAUCUACAGCUUGUGCAAGGACCAGCACGGAUGCCGCUUUCUGCAGAAGAAGCUCGAGGAGCGCAACGCGGAAAACAUCCAGAUCAUCUUUGACGAAACUGCUCCCCACGUCGUUGAGCUCAUGACUGACCCUUUUGGCAACUACCUCUGCCAGAAGCUUUUGGAGUUUUGCAACGAUGAGCAGCGCAACAUUCUUGUGCGCAACGCUGCUCCUGCCAUGGUUCAGAUUGCGUUCAACCAGCAUGGCACCCGCGCACUGCAGAAGAUGAUUGAGUUCAUCUCGACCGACGAUCAGACACAAAUGAUCAUUCGCGCUUUGUCUGGACAGGUUGUUGAUCUCAUUCAAGAUCUAAACGGUAACCACGUUAUUCAGAAAUGCCUCAACCACCUCAAGUCUCCAGAUGCCCAGUUCAUCUUCGAUGCUGUAGGUGAACACUGUAUCACUGUCGGCACCCACCGCCACGGCUGCUGCGUCCUGCAGCGCUGCAUUGACCAUGCCUCUGGCUUCCAGAAAGUCGACCUUAUUCGCAAGAUUACGGCCCACAGCUUUCACUUGGUUCAGGACCCCUUUGGCAACUAUGUUGUUCAGUACAUCUUGGACCUCAACGAUGCCUCCUUCACGACGCCCAUGUGCCAGGGUUUCCAGGGCAAGAUUUGCGAGUUGUCCAAGCAAAAGUUUAGCUCCAACGUCAUUGAAAAGUGCAUCCGCUGUGCGGAACCGCAUGUCAAGGGUAUGAUGAUCGAGGAGCUACUUGACGUUGAGCAGCUUGAGCAGCUCAUGCGCGACUCGUACGGCAACUACGUUAUACAGACUGCGCUGGAAUUUGCGCCCGCAGAGCUGUGUGUCCACCUCAUUGAGGCUAUGCGCCCUAUCCUCCCGUCCAUUCGGCAGACUCCAUACGGCCGCCGCAUCAUGAGCAAGGUUGCUGAGCGCGAGAGCCGUCUUGCCGCAUACGCAGGCCGUACUUCUUCUGGACAUGCAUCUCCUGGUACUGCACAGGGCUCUUCAGAGCCAAGCUCUGCAUAUGGCCCUCAGUACCAAGCGCCCAUGUACACGUCCAACGCCAAUUACGGCCCGAACAUUCUCUCUCCGCAGCCGCACCGCCAGCCGCACCGCUUGAGCAACGCUUCGGUUCCACACCACAUGCACAACGCUGUCCACAACAACAGCAACCAAGGCUACCAGCAACCGCAACAGCCGUAUGGUGUGGCACAGGCCAACGGUGGUCACGGCCAGUGGUUCUAG